AUGAGGCAAGGAAAAUGUGUCCAUCCAUCUCUGCUUGGGUUGAUUUUUUUAUACGGGCAACCAGCUAGGCUUUAUGUGGGGAAUGAUUAUAUUUGGUCUUCCACGGGGGUUCAGCAAGGGGAUCCUUUAGGGCCUCUUCUUUUUGCCCUUGUUUUACACCCUCUUGUUCUCCGAAUCAGAGAUCGUUGUAAGCUUCUUUUUCACGCCUGGUACCUGGAUGAUGGGACCAUUAUUGGAGAUGCUACUCAGGUUGCCAAGGCUUUAGACAUCAUUAGAGUGGAGGGCCCCUCCUUGGGCCUCCUUCUCAACAUUAAAAAAACUGAAGUUUUUUGGCCUACAUGCGACGGGGUGAAGACUCAGGAGGGUUUAUUUCCGCGGGAGAUUGGUAGGCCGGUGCAUGGUGUGAAACUCUUGGGUGGUGCUGUCUGUAGAGAUGAGCAGUUUAUUAGUGGGUUGGCCCUCAAAAGAGCCAAAUGUGCGGUUGAGCUGAUGGGAUGCCUCAAACGCCUUAAGGACCCUCAUAUCGAACUCCUCCUGCUUCGUUCGUGUAUGGGGGUUGCUAAACUGCUGUUUGGGCUUAGAACGUGUCAGCCUUCUUAUGUCGGGGAAGCCGUCUCUGUUUUUGACAAGGGGCUUCGGAAUGCGACCGAGGACAUUGUUGUUUGUGGGGGUGCCUUUUUCGGGGACCUUCAAUGGAGGUUAGCUUCCCUCCCGACACGUUUUGGGGGGCUUGGGAUUUGCUCAGCUGAGGAUGCCUCUUCCUACGCUUUUGUGGCUUCAAGGGCCCAAUCGUGGGUUCUUCAAGACCACAUCCUUCGCGAAUGUGGGGGAGAGCUGUUGGACUCUGAUUACAAGAGUGCGUUGGACAAUCUGCAUAGUUCUCUUCCCGAUCUUGAUCUUGGCGGUUUCUACAUUAAAGACACCGCCCCCAUUAAAGCCCAGAAAAUUCUGGCGAAUGCCUUUUAUGGCGAAAUCGUCAAGACAGUUGAAGAGAAGUUUGCCUUUUCCCCUCGCCAGCGAGCCGUGUUUGAGUGUUUGCGAGCCCCCCAUGCUCAGGAUUUCCUGUCUGUUGUUCCCAUCGAAGGUUUAGGGCAAUGUAUGUCGGCUGUGGAAUACCGGGCUAUCCUCAAGUACCGUUUAAUGAUACCCCUUUUCCCGGCUGAUGACCCGUGUCCUGUAUGUCGGAAGUGUUGCUUGGAUUCUUUUGGGGAGCAUGCAGUACAUUGCAAAGAAUUACCGGGCUUUAAAUAUCGACAUGAUUUAGUUCGAGAUGUGCUGUAUGAUGUCCUUAAGCGAGCAUGGAUCUCGGCAAAAAAGGAAGCUCCGGUGAACUUCUUGACUGAUCCAUUAGAAGGGAGAUCUACGCUACGGCCCGCUGACAUUCUUGUUUUUGGAUGGGAAUGA